AUGACAUUGGCAUUUAUGCCACUGUCUCUCACCCUCACGCUGCUGGUGACCAAUGCCAGCAGUACUUCCCCUGGAGCACCAAAGGAGCAGAGGGGGGAGCAGAGGGUGUGGGCCAAAGUGGGAGACCUGGUUGUGCUCCCCUGUCACCUGAGUCCUCAGGAGCUGCAGAGCAGCUGGAAGCAGCUGUAUGAGAAGACAGCUGUCCGCUGGGAGCGGCAUGGGGAAAGCUCCCACAAAGAGCCCCACAUGGUGCUGGAGGUGGAGUACAGUGGUCUCCUGAAAAGAGCCCGAUCCAUGAUGCCCCGAGCCUCAGUUAGGGAAACUGGCUUCCGCCAAGGGGACUUCUCCCUCUGGAUUGAGCCACUACUGAGUGACGAUGCAGGCCAUUACGAGGCGCUGGUGAGAUAUGGCAAGGAGACUCGGCGCUGCCAGUUGGAGCUGGGCAUGGUGACAGUGACUGUCAAUCCCCCAGGCCUCCUGGUGGAAACGGAGCCUCUCUUGCUAAACUGCAACUCCAGUCAUCCAGCUAAGCUUGUGGGGAUGCGCUGGUUCCAUAAUGGCAGCUUGGUCCCCAUCUCCAGCAGGUUUCGUUCCCGCCAUGGGGCUCUAUCCAUCUCCAGGCCAACUUCACCCCAAGUAUCAAAGGGCCAGUCGCUGAAGGCUCUCGUCUGCUGCUUAUCUGCAGCCUCACCCACCCCAGGGGGCACGAGCACUUUCAGUGGAGGCAACUGA